AUUAAUAGAAGUAGAAGAAGUGGAAUUGAUGUCCAUGAUUGUAGAGCAAUCAAGUUAGCGUUGGUGCCUCCAAAGUUGUUCUUUCGUUAGUUGGCUACUAGAAGAAUGGCCGUGCAAAACAAGAAAAAGGGUGCUGCUGCCCCUGAGAAAAAGAAAUCCUUGAAAAAGGAACCUAAAGACAAGUCCAAAAAUGUUAUGAAAGAAGUAAGAAUCCGAAAACUUUGCUUAAACAUUUGUGUUGGAGAAUCUGGUGAUAGGCUUACAAGAGCUGCUAAGGUGUUGGAACAGUUAACUGGGCAGCAACCUGUAUUUUCUAAAGCAAGGUACACUGUAAGGUCUUUUGGAAUCCGUAGGAAUGAAAAAAUUGCUGUUCACUGUACGGUCCGAGGAGCUAAAGCAGAGGAAAUUUUGGAGCGAGGAUUGAAGGUUAGGGAAUAUGAACUUCGAAGGGAUAAUUUCUCUGACACUGGCAAUUUCGGAUUCGGUAUUCAGGAACAUAUCGACUUGGGAAUCAAAUACGAUCCAAGCAUUGGUAUCUAUGGUUUGGACUUCUAUGUUGUUCUUGGACGGCCAGGUUUCAAUGUUGCUCACAGGCGAAGGAAGACUGGUGUAGUUGGUUUCCAACAUAGGUUAACAAAGGAAGACGCGAUGAAGUGGUUCCAACAGAAGUAUGAUGGAAUCAUCUUACCUGGAAAGAAGUAAUUUUAAACUUCAUAAUAAACAGUUUUUAUU